GAAGGCAUAUCCAUUAAAUGAAAAUAGAAACCGAUGAGAUUCAAUAAGAUAAAUAUUCCCUCAAAAACUGAUCUUAUCCAAUAAAAGAACAUCCUUCCAUAUUGCAUAAUCCUUUGGGAAGAGUUUGGAAAAAAAAUCCUCCAAAAAAUUACUCUAAUUUAUAUAAUAUAAGAAGUAUUGAGCCGGUGUACCGGAUAAUAUAGUAAGUAUUGAUAUUAGUAGGGAAAAAAAUUUAAAGAAUAACCAUCUAAUAACACUUUCCAAAUAGGAUUAUUAUUUUUAUCAUCGCAAUACUUAGUAUACUAAAUUACUAAUAUAUUUUCCAACAAAAAAAUAACUAAUACAUUUAAAUCCCUCAACCUCUCUACUUUUAUGUCUUCUUGCAUUCGUGAAAACCUAGAAUUGAAAGUUUCCGAUCUUCAAAAUCAUGCUGCCAUCAAAGCCUCAAUCUCUGAUCGUCAAGCGAUCGGUGUGGUCUUCCAACCUUGAAUCGGAGUUUGAAUUGAUUCGCUCAAUCAUUGAUUCAUACCCUUUCAUCUCCAUGGACACAGAGUUUCCCGGCAUUGUCUUCCGCCCAAAGACCGGUGGCGGAGCUGAAACUUGGCACCGAUCGCCGGAGGAUCACUACAGCGUGUUGAAAUCGAAUGUGAACCGCCUGAAUCUGAUCCAGGUCGGUGUGACUCUCUCUGAUCGCGAUGGAAAUCUUCCGAAUCUUGGAACAUUGCAGCAAUUCCUUUGGGAAUUCAAUUUCAGCGAUUUCAAUGUCAAGACUGAUCUCCAGGCUCCAGAUUCUAUUGUGCUUCUUCGUACUCAGGGCAUUGAUUUUGAGGAGAACAACAAAUCAGGGAUCAAAAUUGUGCGUUUCGCCGAGCUCAUGAUGUCUUCUGGGCUUGUGUGCAAUCCAAAUGUUAGCUGGAUUACCUUUCAUGGUGCGUAUGAUUUUGGGUAUCUAGUGAAGGCGCUAACACAUCGUGCUUUGCCAGAAUGCUUAGCUGAUUUCCUGUUGCUGGUUAGGGUUUUCUUUGGUGAUAGAGUGAUUGAUGUGAAACAUUUGAUGAAGUUUUGCUCUGGACUCUAUGGCGGAUUGAAUAACGUUUCUAAGAAACUGGAUGUGAAGAGGGUUGUUGGGAAGAGCCACCAGGCUGGUUCAGACAGUUUGCUGACUAUGCAUGCUUUUGAAAAGAUCAGAAAGGUUUAUUUUGACAACAAAGAUGAUGGGCUGGUCAAGUUUGCUGGUGUCUUGCAUGGCUUAGAGGUUUAAAAUACCCCAAAUGGGUUAUAAUUUCUCUAUUGUUUUCAUUAUUGACUUUUCUUUUUAUUCUCAAUAUUGAUGACAUUUGUUUAUGAAUGAGAUUAGGUUUAUACAUUCUUUGAAUUCUAUGCCCUUGCAACUCU